AUGGUAUCUAUUCUCUACCCGGUGGCCGCCGCCGCGGCGCUGCUGGCCGCACCGAUCGCCGCCUCAGAGGCGCCGGCCGUCAACAUCAAGAACGGGUCCUACUACGGCGUCUACCAAGAAACCUACGACCAAGACCUCUUCCUUGGUAUGCCAUACGCGCAGCCCCCCGUCGGAAAUCUCCGCUUCCGCAACCCGGAGCCGCUGAACACAACGUGGACGGAGGCCAAGAAUGCGACCGAGUACUCGCCUGAGUGCUACGGCUACGGCAGCGACCAGUGGGUGCUAGGCAACGUGAUCUCGGAGGACUGUUUGACGAUCAAUGUUGUUCGCCCCAGCAACGUCUCGGAAGGGGACAACCUGCCUGUCGGUGUCUGGAUCCACGGCGGUGGCCUCAUCCAGGGCGGCGCCAGUGACCCCCGCUACAACCUCUCGUACAUCGUGGAGGAGGCCGUCAACGCCGGCAAACCGUUCAUCGGAGUGAGCUUCAACUACCGCCUGCAGGCGUUCGGCUUCAUGUCGGGCACUGCGGUGCACAAGGCCGGCGUGGCCAACCUCGCGCUGAAGGACCAGCGGCUGGCCCUGCACUGGGUGCAGGAGAACAUCGCCGCAUUCGGCGGCGACGCUGGCAAGGUCACCAUUUGGGGCGAGAGCGCCGGCGCCCGCAGCAUCGGCUACCAGCUGAUCGCCUACGACGGCCGUGACGACGGCCUGUUCCGCGCCGCCGUCAUGCAGUCCGGCGCCUCUGCGUACUGGCCCAAGAGCUUCAAGAACGCCUCCGCCUGGGACGUCUACUACAACAACAUCGUCGACGCGGCCAACUGCAGCUCGGCCGAGGACACCCUCGACUGCCUGCGCCAGGUCCCGAUCAACACGCUCUCCGCGGUUUUCAACAGUACUGCGGGCACUUCAGCCUCGUACGCGCCUUCGGUUGACGGUGACUUGCUGACGGACGUCGGCCCGAGACUCAUCGACGCGGGCAAGUUCGUCCACGUGCCCAUUCUCCACGGCGCCAACUUCGACGAGGGCACAGCGUUCGGCAAAACGGGCAUCGACACUACCGAUGAGUUCUUCCAGUACCUGGUCGGCACCAUGGGCUACAGCGAGGACGAGGCCGAGGUGCUGCUGCUCAUGUACCCGGACAUCCCGCAGAUCGGCAUCCCCGCUACGCUCCACGGCCGCCCGGGCAACGACACCUCGUACGGCUACAUGUACAAGCGCGUGGAGGCGUACGCCGGCGACAACAACCAGCACGGGCCCCGCCGCUUUAUGUCGCAGGUGUGGACCCGCGAGGACGUUCCGGUGUACAGCUACCGCUUCAAUGUGGUGCCUGCAGGCAUCUCACAGUAUCUCGGCUGCACGCACUUCCAGGAGGUCGCGUUCGUCUUCUACAACCUGGAGGGCAACGGCUACAACAACUCGGUGGCCACGGACCCGUUCCUGGGCAAGCCCGACAGCUUCAAGCAGCUCGCCAAAGUGAUGACCCGCAUGUGGGCCAGCUUCAUCGUGGACCUGACGCCCAACAACAACGGCGUGACCGACGUCCAGUGGCCGCAGUACUCGCUGGACGACCCGCAGAACAUCGUGUUCGACGUGAACGUGACGGACCUCGCCUACGUUGAGCCCGACGUGUUCCGCGCCGAGGCGAUCGCGUACAUCCACAGCCUGUACAACGCCACAAGCUAA